AUGGGGAUAUCUGGGGCACGCAAGUUACUCUUGGUCCUCGUGAUCACUGCAUGUGUCUUCUCCGGGAGUGCUGAGGCAUGGAGCUGGAGUUGGGGCUCUGGCCAGUCCGGUUCGAACUGGGGCUGGGGAUGGGGCUCCGACAGCUCUGGCGGUUCUUCUGGCUCAGGUUCAGGUGCUUCAGGCUCAAACUCGGGUGGUUCGAGCUGGGGUUUCGGUUGGAGCUCGAACGGAACCGAUACAAACUGGGGUUGGGGAAGCAGCUCCGGCUCACACCACUCAAGCGGCACUGGCUCUACAAACAACAGCCACCACAACCACACGUCCCCAUCAAACCACUCAAGCGGUACAAGCCACCACAACCACACGGCUCCAGUAUCGUCUAGAAGAAAGAUUGAGGUCACCGUGUGGAAAAACGGAUUCGAUUACCAAGCAUGGGCUUCAAAGCAUGCGCCUUUCUACGUCGGCGAUGUACUUGUUGUCGAGUUCAAGAAUAAUGAUCAAACCCAAUCCAAGGCGAAGCACAGCAACAAGAACGAUGUCUACUUGCUCCCAGACUUGAGGAGCUACAAGAGAUGCGAUGUGGGCAGAGGCAAGAAGCUAGUCGCAAGAGGAGGCUCAUCAUCAUCAUCAUUAGGGUUCAAGCUGCUUCUCCGUAAGAGUCAGACUUACUACUUCACCAGUGGUGACCAAAACGGCUGCAACCACAACAUGAAGUUCUCUCUCUCCCCGAUCCCCCGCUCUUCUCCACACACUAAACCCUAA